CCAAGCGGCGGCAGCGCGGCGAGAGCUCGUCGGGAGAGCCAUGGCGACAACGGCGGCGCUCCCCUUCUCCUGCUCCACCACCUUCCAGACCCUAACCCGCAACCUCUACCCGCGCCACCCGCUCCUCAUCCCCCGCCGCCGCCUCCACCACCUCCGCUCCCUCGCCGCCGUCCCGACCCGUCCCCGCCUCCGCCGCCCCGUCUCGGCCUCCGCCGCGCCCAACGGAUCCUCCUCCGCCGGGGAGUACGACUACGACCUCUUCACCAUCGGCGCCGGGAGCGGCGGCGUCAGGGCCUCGCGCUUCGCCUCCACCCUCUUCGGCGCCCGCGCCGCCGUCUGCGAGAUGCCCUUCGCCACCAUCUCCGCCGACGACCUCGGCGGCGUCGGGGGAACAUGUGUGCUUCGUGGGUGUGUUCCAAAGAAACUGUUGGUGUAUGCAUCCAAAUUCUCUCAUGAAUUUGAAGAGUCUCAUGGCUUUGGGUGGACUUACGAGACCGAGCCUAAGCAUGAUUGGAGCACUCUGAUAGCCAACAAAAAUACAGAGCUCCAACGCCUAGUUGGUAUUUACAAAAAUAUAUUAAAGAAUGCAGGGGUCGAUCUAAUUGAAGGCCGUGGAAAGGUGGUUGAUCCACAUACUGUUAGUGUGGAUGGCAAGCUGUACACUGCUAAGAACAUACUUAUAGCCGUUGGUGGUCGGCCAUCAAUGCCAAAUAUCCCAGGAAUAGAGCAUGUUAUAGAUUCUGAUGCUGCACUAGACCUGCCUUCAAAACCUGAGAAAAUUGCAAUAGUGGGAGGUGGAUAUAUUGCUUUGGAGUUUGCUGGCAUUUUCAAUGGCUUAAAAAGUGAGGUUCAUGUGUUUAUUCGGCAACCAAAAGUAUUAAGAGGUUUUGAUGAGGAGGUCAGAGAUUUCAUUGCUGAACAGAUGUCUUUAAGAGGCAUCACAUUUCAUACUGAAGAAAGUCCCCAAGCUAUAACCAAAUCAAAUGAUGGUUUGUUAUCUCUGAAGACAAACAAAGAAACUGUGGGUGGGUUCUCACACAUAAUGUUCGCAACAGGUCGUAAACCGAAUACGAAGAACCUUGGACUGGAAGAGGUUGGGGUCAAAAUGGACAACAAAGGGGCUAUUAUGGUUGAUGAGUAUUCUAGAACCUCAGUGGAUUCGAUUUGGGCUGUUGGAGAUGUUACUGAUAGGAUCAAUCUGACACCGGUUGCGCUGAUGGAAGGUGGGGCAUUUGCGAAAACUGCAUUUGGUGAUGAACCUACCAAACCAGAUCACAGUGCUGUACCAGCUGCUGUAUUCUCCCAACCACCCAUUGGGCAAGUUGGCCUUACUGAGGAGCAGGCUAUUGAAGAGUAUGGAGAUGUUGAUGUCUACAUAUCAAACUUCAGACCUCUUAGGGCCACUCUUUCUGGAUUACCUGAUCGUGUUCUAAUGAAGCUUAUUGUGUGUGCUACUACGAACAAAGUUGUAGGAGUGCAUAUGUGUGGUGAUGAUGCUCCUGAGAUAAUCCAGGGAAUUGCAAUUGCUGUGAAAGCUGGGCUGACAAAGCAAGAUUUCGAUGCCACUGUUGGCGUUCACCCAACAUCUGCAGAGGAAUUUGUCACUAUGAGGAGUCCAACUAGAAAAGUCCGAAGAGAAGCUGCAGCUGAGGUAGAAUCCAAGGAUGAGGUCGUCACUAAGCAGUAGAUAUUUCCGCUGACAGUUGUAAAUAGAAGACAUUCUUGAGGACAUGGCCUUGCUACUGGCCAAAAACCCGACUGGAAAUCUGAGAAAUCUGUCACAUAGAGCUGCUGAAGAUGCACUGUCAUAGCGAUGACUAGCUAUGCCUGUUUUUUUGCCCUCGUGUUUCUGCAUUUCUUUCCUUGAGGCUUGAACAUGCUGGUAGUUGAGUUAUCUUCUUCUCCUGAUCUGCUACUCAUGUAAUAAAUGGUACACAGAUUUUGGUAUCCUAACCUGGAUAUAUUGACAGGGAAAAGUAAACCAGAAGAGGGGUUUUCUACUGA